CCCGCCCCCGCCUCCCUCCUGCCGCUGUUUGAAGGGCUCCCCACCAUGACUUACUUCAGCACGUGCCUCUGUAUGACUUUAUUAAUACUCGUGAGUGGCCAGAAAGACGAGUCCUGCGCUAGAGGGCAAGAAGAAGAAGCCAGAUUUCCUACAAGAAGACAUCACCAAACUACAGGAGUGGAGCAAAAAGUGGCUGCUACAAUUCUAUGAAGAAAAAUGUAAAGUCAUGCACCUUGAGAGGAGACAUCCACCAUAUCAAUACCACAUGGGAAACACUCCACUAUCCACCACGGAGGCAGAGAAAGACCUGGGAGUAUACCAUGUUCCAGGCUACCAGUGAAGAUAUCUCCUGUAUAAUGUCAACAUGGGUGAAGGCUUCAAUUUGCGCCGAGAUGUGUAUGUCCGAAUCUCCAACUUGGUCCGCAGGCUGAGUGAAAAGCAUAACUGGGUGUUGGUUCUUCCUCCUUGGGGCCGCUUCUACCACUGGUCCAACACCCACCCAGAAACAUAUUUCCCAUGGAAGAGUUUCUUUGAUAUACCAAGUCUUCAAAAGUGGAUACAAGUUAUGGAAUUUGAAGAUUUUUUAAAAGCCCAAGGAUCAAGAGUGGAUUCUGCUUACAUCCUACAACAUUAUGCUGAAGGAUGGAAAGAUGGCAAAUGGGAAGAGAAAUACGAUGAGAGACCAUGCAUUGAUAGACCAGCCUUCCAGCCCCAUGAGGGAGUCUGGCGAGGACAUGUGUGGGGCUCCCAGCUGGUGGCUCAGAGGUUUGCCUGUGUGUCUGUGCAAGGCCAUGCAUCAACCCUUAUUCAGCUGCUCACCAAGGAUGCUGGCAGUAGGGUUGUGUACAUAGGAAGAGCAGAAACUGUCCUACAUGAUGAGUACGGUGGAAAGUGGUACUGGCAGGCACGGAGGAGUAUGCGCUUUGCUAGCCAUCUGCGGGAGGAAGCUGCAGUGUUCAGGCUCAAGUAUCUAGGUUCUGAUGAUCCCCAGGAUGGCACUGAGUUGGCUCCUGACUGGAGGGACUCAAAGCCAAGACGAGGAAAAGCCAAAGGUGGUCCCUAUGUAGCUGUUCAUCUGAGAAGAAAGGAUUUUGUUUUUGCAAGAGGGAAGGAAGUACCCAGCUUGAAAAUGGCAGCAGAACAGAUCAAGCACCUUCUCAAGAAAGAAAAUCUAACCUCAGCUUUUAUUGCAACUGAUGCCCCACAUGAAGAGUUCGCAGAGCUGCAGCGUCUCCUUCCUUCUGCCCAUCUCCACCACUACACACCAGAGCCUCUAUUCCUGCAGCAGUGGGGAGAUGGAGGUGUGGCCAUUGUGGACCAGAUCAUUUGCUCCCAUGCCAGAUUCUUUGUUGGCUCUUACGAAUCCACAUUUUCGUUUCGAAUACAAGAGGAGCGGGAAAUUCUUGGGUUCCCUGAAGACACAACUUUCAACAGGCUAUGUGGAGAAAAUACCAAGUGUGAGCAGCCAGCCAGGUGGAGAAUAGCAUAUUAGGACUCCAACAUUUAUAUAAGUGAGUGGAAGGGACAAUAUUUGACUUAAGCAGUACAUAUUAAUUUCUUGAACAUUUUUACUGCUACUUGAAGGGAUUGAAAGUAUUUCCAGUAUUUCCAAUAGAGUUGUGAUCAAGGCCGUCCAUGGUUGGCUCUUUUAUUUGUUUAUGUACUAGUCCAAACUUUAUCCCAGUUCAUAAGUUUAUAAAAAAUGCAGCCUACAGCUUUUCGUCAUCCUGAUUGAGGCUCAGUGGCUUAGUGACCAGAGGCUUCAUUCAUUGUAAAUGGUAGCGACGGAGGCAGAGUUGGUGUCCAUUGCACAGGCUGGUUUGUACUCAUGUUACUUAAGUGCAUUUUGCUCCCUUCCUUGCCUCCUUUAAAAAGACAGUUUGGAGCCCCACCUCUCCUUCUGUAUGAAAUAUGGUCACUGAUGUUCACAAUAUGUCAACAUUCAUGGAAGUCAUUCCAACAUUCAUUGAGUUAUCACAAGGUGUAAACAAAGUUUGUUCUUUGGAGCUCAGUCCAGAAAGUGAAGCAGCAUUCCAUGGAAGUUUUAUUCAUCUGUAUUUGCAUCGUCUUCUAUUGCUCAAAGAGUUGUCUGGCUUGUGUUCACCCUUACAAUAAGCUACCUUAGUCCUUAUAGACCCUAAGAUGCACUCUUAGAAAGUCAUGAAGUCACAGUGUGUGAUCUCUUCAUUCAACACUGACUAAAUAACAUUACUCAUUAGAUUAAUCUAUUUUUAGUGCGGGUCAGUGAAUUACAAGUUAUUUUUCAUAAAUUGUAAAGCAAGUCGUUUCCUUAGUCUUUGUUAGUUGAACAUGAAAGGCAGUUGUUGAAGAAAUCUGAAGCAAGUGUUUGUUAGGGAGAGAAAAUGAAGUGAAGCUUCUGACAAAUUUGAAAUAGGAAAAAGGUGAAUGACUGGCUGUACAAAGGUCAGGUACUUUUGUGUAAAAAUGUUCUAAGAAUGCAAAAGUAGCUGUACUGGUUGGCUAUUUACCAUGUAAUGCUGAAGAUAUGUUGUGUAAAUGUGUGGGGAGCUAUAACUGAAAAGAUAAGUGAAGACCAAAUUAACAGUUUAGGAAAAUAGGAUCUCCAAGGAAACUAUGGUGGUGCACAGAGUUUUGCACUUACCUUGUGACACUGGAAGAAGUGUGUGAAACCUGAAUUUGUGAAAGUUAGGGCAUUGAUCCUCUGGGGAAAAGGGCAAUUGAUUCUGGGCACAUCCAUAGUAUGCCCCAGGGUGCAUGUACGGGGCAGUCUUCCAUUGAGAUAACGAAUAACAACUUAGUUGUGGCAUGUAAAAACAGCACCAGGACUAAAGGCUGAUGCUAUUUACAGCAAUAUCAACAAACAAAACCUGUGGUGCAAUAGUAAUGAGCAUUACAUGCUUGUUAUGGACUUGUGUUGAUGGAAAGAACCCUGCUGCUGCUGAUGAAAACUAGUCUCACUAUGUGCCAUAUUUGAAAACCAGGGCUGUUUGAUCUGCCACAAAUGUGUUCUAGCCUGUACUUAAGCAACACAUUGACAGACAAUGGUGUUAAUUGUCUUUUAUUGGCCAGUUAUAUGUUAUAUUGUAGAUGAAAUUAUAAUUAAGGAUUUAGGAAUAAGCUGAUUUCUGUCAACCUCCCCCUUUCUCCUACCACCUCACUUAUUCCCUUUCCUCCACCAGGGGAGAACAAAUGGAGAAAAAACACACGUGUCACUCAUGCCCUGCCGUCCUGCCUCUUGUGCAAUAUUCAUUUUGUCAUCAUGCUGCCCAAUUGCCCUCCUACAAGCUCCAGCAGACAAUUUGCCAAGUCUGCCAGGAAGAGCCUUACUACUAUCUAUUGGUAGAUGAAGGAUUGAGUGUGCUGAGAGGGGAUGUCACCCCCUGGAGAAAACAGGGUAUCAGAGAUAUAGAUUGAUAGCUAUUGCCUUAGAAUUUUAUAUUAUUACUUUUUUACUGAUAACAUAUUUGACCAGGAAUUUAAUCAUUGCAAUUCUAAACUAAAGUUAGAUGACAGUACUAACAGUGAACAAACAAAGGGCACAGAUGAAAACACUUUUAAUACCAAAUUCAUUAAUUAUGAAUUAUAAGAAUAAACUGUACGCUUCA